AUGGCCCACAAUUUACGGUCGAAAGACAAAGGCAUGAAAGAGGGUGAUGAGGAGAUAACGUUGGAUCCCGUGCAGGCAACUCAAAUUCGGAUUAUGAUGGAAGCAGCAGAAAAGGAGGAACGACGCAGAGAACAAGCAGCGGAAAGAGCUGAAAGACGAGCAGAAGAAGCAGCAGCUGAAGAAGUAAGAUGGAAAUUAAAGUUGAUGGAGGAAGAUAUGAGGGAACGUAGAAAAGCUGACAUACAGUUGAGGAGUCAGAAUAAUAAUGCUCAGCAAGGAGACCAUACUGCUUGUAUAAGCCGUAGAAUCAGUCCAAUGUUAGGAAUGUGUCCUAUGGAUCCCCGUGAAAUUGCAGCAUAUUUUCAGAGGAUCGAAGGAAUAUUUGACAGCCAUCGAGUUAGUGAGGAAUUGCGAGCAGAUCUGUUACUGGCUAAUUUGGAAAUGAAGAUGAAGACAGUACUAAAUGAGAUUAAAACUGAUGAUUAUCUAAAUUAUGAAGUAAUAAAACUACAGAUCAUACGUUAUUGUCGUUUUUGUUCGAUGAAACUCCGCGAUGAAUUCUUUUUGGCUCGGAAGGCACAUGAUGAGACAUAUCCUGCAUUUGCAUCGAGACUACAUCGAAAUCUCCGAUUCUAUUUACAAAGAAUUGUUGCCAAAAUCUUGUUGGAACAUGUAUUAGCUCAGGAAGGUGAGAAAUGGUUAACCCACGAACGUCUGGCCAAUGUUGUGGAGAUAUAUGAGGCCAACAUGAACAUGAGACUGUUUAGUAAUGUAGCCCCAGGCUAUAAACCACUCCAAACGGCUGUACGUCCCGGAACAGAUCCCAAAUGGCUCAACAAAGAGGUUGUAAAAGGAUCAAUAUCAAAGCUCAUGAAAUGCCAGGUCACUGCUAUGUCUCAGGCCACAAAGGAGUUGAAGAAACCAAGUAUUACUCCUGGGACCAUAGAGGCUGAAAAAUACCUCAAAAGACCAUUUUUCGGGUUAAAAUUCAAGCUGUUAAACAUACCCAGAGGGGAACGUUUGAGGAUCAAGGGAUGGAAUGGACCAACGACAGAAGUAGAUGGUGCAUGGGUAAUGAUGGCCUAUAACCCUGAUGAAGGCGAAAGUAUUGCCUCCGCUGUACGAGUAUGGUGUGCAGUGGUACCUAAUGCCAGCGAACAGUUAAUUAUUACACCCAAGGUGGUGGAAUUGUUGAAGAUGGCAGAACAGUAUGUGGUAUCUGCCGUGAAACUAGAAAUGACCAAGAAUAUCACACCAAUCAAGUUGGGGAAUGAGAGCACCUUGACGUUCUACAACCCUGAUAGCCUCCAGAUACCACGUCAGGAGAGGUGUGGACGAUCUGAUAGGCGUGAUGGUGUUGAUGCAGCCAAACGUCGUGUCAGUGAAAAUGAUGAUAAGUGUAAUGAUGAAAGCAUUGUUAGAUCACAUGAGGUUAACAAAGCUGGUGCAUAUACAGUUCACAACAAUAAUAGUAAUAACAAUAAAAGUAAUGUUGGACGAUAUGAAGUAGCUCACAACAGUAGCAACGACCACAGCAACGCCAGUGGUAAAUUGAUAUCUAACAACAGUGGUAAAGAAAGUACUUCCCACAAUGGCAACGACAGCAAUAGCAGCGACGACAAUAUUAGCAGUAAAGGUACUCACAACAAUAAUGGUGAUAAUACGAAGAUCAAUGUUAGAUUGGAAGUAGCUUACAAUAACUACGAUAUUAAUAAUGGUAAAAUAGAUGGCAGCAAUGGCAGUGGUAUUGUAGAUAUAGUUGAUGAUCAUGAGGUUGAUGAGGAGAAAGAUGAUGAAGUCAGUGGAAUUAAUAAUUGUAAUUUGGAUGCCAGCAGUGUUGAUGGUGAUGAGGAUCACGACGUUGAUGGUGAGGAGGAUGAGAAGAUAGAACGUAAUGUUGGUAAUGUUGAUCAGGCAGAUGAUGCUGGUAACGUUGGUCAGUCGGUCAGGGGAAGCAAGGGUUGGUAG